UCAGGUUUAUNGGAUUGUGCCAAUGAAUUAAAACAGUGCGUUGAAAAAUGUCUUCAGCAACACGACUGCUCCGAAAUAGAUAUUAAAGAGGGCUUUUGUCCAGUCGGUUCACCUCGUCCUGCUAAAUGCGCAAUCAGUUCUGUCCUUUCAGUUUGUGAAAGUGACUCAGAUUGUCCUGGAACAAAAAAAUGCUGCGAAAGUGGAUGCUCGAAAGUAUGUUCAAAUGCUUUACCAGUGCCACCAGCACAAGAGUCCAGAAGAUCAUCGAAACGAAUUUUGAGUAAACCAUAAAAAAUUUUUAUACGAAAUCUACAUUAUAUAUACUCAGGUUUAUAUAUACAUAUAUUUUAAUAUUUUAA